AUGGGUCUCAAGGCUGUGUUUGUGACGUCCCUGUUGGCGGUCACUGGAACUGCUAUCCCGAUUCUGGAUCCUAUUCAGAUGAUCCGCCGUGCUGGACCUGAGGCUGGAAAGGUCAUCCAGAAGUGCGCCGCACCGGGACAAAUUGCCCUGGCCUACGAUGACGGACCCUACCAAUACACGCAGAAGCUCGUCGACACCCUGACGGCCGCUGGCGCCAAGGGCACCUUUUUCGUGACCGGUACUCUCUACGGCUGCAUCUACGGCCAAAAGACGGCGCUGCAAAACGCCUACCGCGCCGGCCACCAAAUCGCCUCGCACACGUGGUCGCACCCGCAAAACUUCGGCUCCAUGUCGAGCAGCGAGCUCACGCAGCAGAUGCAGCGCCUCGAGCAGGCCCUCGUCAACAUCAUCGGCGUCAAGCCCACGUACAUGCGUCCCCCCUACCUCGCCACGGGCGGCAACGUCCUGCCCGUCAUGAAGCAGCUCGGCUACCGCGUCAUCACCAACGACGUGGAUGCGGGCGACUGGAACGGCUUGACGGCCGAGCAGAGCGAGCAGCGGUUCCAGCAGGCGGGCGCGGGCGGCAAUGGGCAUAUCCCCCUCAUGCAUGAGACGUAUGCUAGCACGGUGAAUACGCUGACGCCCUGGUUGAUCAACUGGGCUAAGCAGAAUAACUUGAAGAUUGUCACUGUUGCUGAAUGCCUGGGUGACCCCACUGGUGCCUAUAAAAACGGUACCGCUAACGGCCAGUCGACCUGCUAG